AUGACAGAUAUUUAAAUCACUCAAACUUAAAUGAAUCAAUAAAAUUCAGACCCAAUUUCAAAUACAAACCCACCUUUCAAUUUGAAAGGUAAUAUUAUUGCCAUCAAUUUCAAGACCAAGUACAAUUUCAUCACCUUUGAGAUGAGAAUAAACAUGCUACACCUGGUUGAGUAUGACCUCAAUAAAAGAGAAACUAAGAGUCAGAUUGAUAUAGAAUUCAAGAGCAAGGAAUUUAAAAGAUCUUACACUAAGGGAAUUUAUGCAAUCAUUGAUUCUAUUACAGAUGUCUUGACCUCAACUUUGAUCAACUUAAUGACUGGAGAAUAUGUGAAAUUGAUUGAAAGAGAAUACGAUUCUUCACAAUUAAUCAUCACAUACUUUAGUUGCAUGAUAUUCAACUAGAAUAGUAUUCUUGCUAUUUCAGAUAGAUAUGUAAACCAAGUAAAGAUUCAAAAAGAUCUUUCAGAAACAAGUCUUACUAUUCCUCAGGAUUUCAAAUUGCCUAGCAGUCAUUCUUUCCAAGAUGAAAACAGUAGAUUUUAUCUAAACAGUCCCUUCAACACUACAUGGAUUUUUAAAAGAUGCUAGACUUAAAGAAACAGGAAAUGCAAAGAAAUCAAGCAAUUCAAUAUGAAAGCUGAUAGGAUUUUCAAGAUCAAUAAAAGGUACACUUUGAUGCUAGAAGAAGAUGCCAGAAUGAUUAAUGUAUUCAAAGAGUAUUAAUUCCAUAUUAGAAUCAUUGAUACAAAGAAGAAUAUUGUAGUCCAGAAAACUAAUAGACUAUUUCAAGGAUAAAAACUCUUUGGUAUAUUUAACUUACCCAAGAGAACCUACUCUCCACAUGAUAUGGAGGGAUUUUUGAUAGUAUUCAGGAGAAACAAUGGCUUGUUUGUUAUGAUCUAUAACAUAAAUAAUAGAUCAACAAUGCAGUAUAUACUGGAUGUCGAGACUCAUAAUUUGAUAAAUGUAUACUAAUUAAAUGACUAGCUAUUAUUUGAGUUCAAAUACUAGAACAAAAAGAAUACCUAUAAUCUCUAAUAAAUCGAAGAAUUCUCUUGCUUUUGA